UUCAAAUUUAAUCUAACCCCCUUUUAGAAUUUCAUAAAAAUGUUAAGUUUCUAGAUCUUAUUAGAUAGAGGAUAGCGAGAAUCAGAACUCAGCAUGCAUUUUCUAAAAAUUGCCAUAAUUGUGGUUUUUGCGGCAUGCGAGGUCAUCAGGAUUUGUGCCAUUAACAUGGACAAUGCCCAGAUUGUUCUGAGGGAAACAAACGAGAGGAGACGUCGCCAUGGAUGUCCAGAGUUGAGCUUGGAUCUUGAUCUCAGCCAAGGAUGCCAGACGUACGCCUGGAAACUCGCCAAGGAUGCUAACCUAACAUAUUCGGAUCCCACCAACAAGGAAUACACUGAAAACAUCUGCCGUUAUCCAAUCAAAAGGGGCGCUCUAUCCAGGUGCGUGCAUAAGUGGUAUCAUGGCAGCAAAUUAGACUUUACAGACCCAAAAGCUAAAGAAUUUACUGCCAUGAUUUGGAGGUCCUCACGCAAUAUGGGAUAUGGCGACGCCAAUAUAAAUGAAUAUGAAGGUGUCUUCGUGGUCAGAUAUACUCCCCCGGGAAAUAUCCUUGGAUUGUACACGGACAAUGUGCCACCUAGGGCAAACAAGAACAAGAAGGGCAAGCAGAAGCAUAAAAAGAGAAAUGAUUGUCCCGGUCAUCCGAAUAUCAUUUCAUAUCGAUAUAUCAUAUUGCUGUCUAUCCUAUUUGUUGUGUCAAAUAAUUGGCAGUCAAGCUAGUCCCGUUCAGUUUGAAGUCUUCGUAUCCAAAUGUAUUCACCAUUUUACUAAAUGCGCUCUAGAGCCUCCAUCUGGAUAUUAUGUCAUUCAGUGUAAAACAAAGAUUUCCGUAAUCCAGGUUUUAAACGAAUUUUUAUAAUAAAUUUUUGGUUU